AUGCCCGUUUCUAUCGCUCGCCUAUGCUCCGCAUUCUUCCUACUGGGCGGACUGCCUUUGGCAGAAGGGUUACACCACAUGGCCAUGAAGGCGCCACUGAAAACCAAUCGAAGAAAAUUGGACAUUACCCCCUUGCUCAUCACGAAUCGUUGCCCCGAGAGCAUCUGGCCAGGCAUCUCGACCCAAUCCGGCUCAGGGCCAAGCGAAAACGGGUUUGAAUUGAAGCCUGGAGAGACGAAAAAUCAGACCGUGUCUGAAGACUGGCAGGGCCGGCUGUGGGGGAGGACCAAUUGCUCAUUCAACGAUGACGGCUCGGCUGCAGCAUCAGGGCGGGGGAAGGCUUGUGCAACUGGAGACUGCGCGGGUGCUCUCAACUGCAAGACUGGUGGCGAUGUUCCUGUCUCGCUUGCAGAGUUUACAUUGGAUGCUGGCGAUGGACACACCUACUACGACAUUUCAUUGGUUGAUGGCUACAACCUCCCAAUGGCCAUUAUCCUCCAACCACUUGAAAAUGUCACGUUAGACGACCUCCCCCCAAAUCUGACGAAUCCAUCCUGCCAGGGAACAGACGGCCUGCUUGCCCCUCAAGGCUAUGAUCCGUAUUCGGAAAAUCCGAAUUUCCUCAGAACAAACUCUUCGUUUCCGCUUCCAUUUGACCAAGACGUGGAUGGAAAUAGAAUUUCCAGGUGGUGUCCCUGGGACUUGCAACAAACCCCUCCAGAGAAGCCUGGCGACGGUGUCUAUCCCUACCCUGACGACAACAUCAAACGACCUCAGUUCAACCCUUGCUAUUCCGCCUGUGCAAAGAAUAAUCGACCCGAGGACUGCUGUACCGGAAAAUAUGGCUCCCCUAGCUCGUGCUCGCCAAGCCAGUAUUCCAAGAACGUCAAAAAAGUGUGCCCAGAUGCUUACAGUUAUGCUUUUGACGACCAAAGUUCGACUUUUAUUAUUCCAUCUGGUGCUGGGUUUGAAGUCGUCUUUUGUCCCGGCGGUCGCUCUACGACAAUUCUCUCGACAAGCAAAGAUGAGGUGCAGCAGUUGGCACAGCAAGGAAGAGUCGACAAGCAAGCUACCAUAAGCCUGAUGGGAACUCGAACUAGCAAGGUCCGUAGGAGCGCUGCUUUGACAACGUAUCGGCUGGAUUGGACCAUGCUGGCGGCCGCUGUCAUCACUACAACCACUAUUACUUUCAACGCCCACCGACUGGUUGAGGGCUGGACCUUCAAGCAGGCUGACGAUACCGAAGAUAGCUGGAUGCCAGUGAAGUCAGUGCCUACGAAUGUCCACUUGGACCUAAUGGACAAUGACAAAAUUCCAGAUCCGUUUCUAGGUUUCAAUGAACUUGAAGCUGAGUGGGUAGCAGACAAGGUGUGGAAGUACAAGGUUGAAUUGCCCAAAGUACCUGAAGCACAGCAAGGCACUGUGCAUGUCCUAGCAUUCGAUGGCCUGGACACUUUUGCAACCGUCAAGCUUAAUGGAGCAACUAUCCUUGAAAGUAGCAACAUGUUUAUCCCACACCGCAUCAAUGUCACCCAGAAGCUCAAAUCCGACAAAAACGUCUUGGAAAUCGACUUUGCAUCUGCUCGCCUUGAGGCCAUCAAAAUCAAGGACAAUCACCCGGAGCACAAAUGGGUUGGGUUCAAUGGCGACAUGGCCAGGCUUGGCGUAAGGAAAGCUCAGUACCACUGGGGUUGGGAUUGGGGCCCAAUCCUUAAUACGUGUGGUCCAUGGCGUGAAGUCCGGCUGGAAAGCUACGCAGCCAGAAUCGAAGAUUUGAGGAUCGACUAUCAACUUGAUGACAGCCUCAAGUCAGUUCAGGGGACGAUAUCGGCAGUCAUCGAAGGCUCCUCGGCAGACAGUGUCUGCUUCAACGUGUUUGAUGGGGAGACAAGUGUGUUUAGGGAAACGACAAAGAUCAUCAGCGGCGUGGCGAAUGUGGAUUUCCAUGUCAAUAGCCCCAAACUGUGGUAUCCUCACGGCUAUGGUGGGCAGCCUCUCUACACUUUCACUGCAACGGCCCUGGUAGAUGGAGCAGAGCUGCAUCAAACAUCACGUAGAACAGGUUUCCGAAGAGGCGAGCUUGUCCAAGAGCCCGACGCCAUUGGAAAAAGCUUUUACUUCAGAGUCAACGGCGUCGAUGUCUUCUGUGGUGGCUCAGACUGGAUCCCUGCAGACUCAUUUACCCCCAGAGUGAGCGAAGACAAGUACCGCAAAUGGCUGGAGAUGAUGGUAGAUGGGUAUCAGGUAAUGAUUCGCAUAUGGGGCGGUGGCAUCUGGGAAGAGAAUAUCUUUUACGACAUCUGCGAUGAGAUUGGUGUUUUGGUGUGGCAGGAUUUCAUGUUUGGUUGCGGCAACUAUCCCGCCUUUCCGGACAUUCUGCGAUCAAUCAAGGAAGAAUGCACGGCCAACGUCACCCGACUGCGACACCACCCAUCGAUCAUCAUCUAUGCUGGUAACAACGAGGACUAUCAGGUGCAAGAACAAUUUGGCCUGACCUACGAUUACGAGGACAAGGACCCGGAGAGCUGGCUCAAGACUGAUUUCCCUGCGCGGUAUAUUUACGAAAAGCUGCUACCUGACGUCGUUGCCGCGGAGAGCCCGCAUGUACCGUAUCAUCCGGGCUCGCCAUGGGGCGACGGGGUCAAAACAUCCAACCCCACAGUGGGUGACAUGCAUCAAUGGAACGUGUGGCAUGGCAGGCAGGAAAAGUACCAAAUUUUCGAUACCCUUGGCGGGCGUUUCAAUAGCGAGUUUGGUAUGGAGGCGUUUCCCCAUAUCGAUACGAUCAAGUACUAUUGCACCGAUCCUUCGCAACUGUACCCGCAGAGCCACAUGCUCGACUUUCACAACAAGGCCGAUGGCCACGAGCGGCGAAUAGCAACGUAUCUAGUGGAGAAUUUCCGCACCAAGACGGAUUUGGAGUCUUUUAUCCAUCUCACCCAACUCUCGCAGGCCGAAGCGCUAAUGUUUGGCUAUCAGGGCUGGAGGCGUCAAUGGGGACAGGAUAGGCACUGCGGCGGCGCACUUGUGUGGCAGCUCAACGAUUGCUGGCCAGUCACGUCGUGGUCAAUUGUGGACUACUUCCAGCGCAAGAAGCCUGCGUAUUACGCAAUGCGCAGGGUACUUGCACCCAUUGCCGUUGCUGUCAAGCGGGCGCACUUUGAUUGGAGCGUGGUGCACGCAAGAGUGCCGAGCACGAGCGACUUUGAAGUCUGGGUCGCGAACCAGAAGCUAGAGGAGGUUACGGCGACGGUUGAGUUGCGGUAUAUUAGCAUUACGAGUGGGAAGGAGAUUAAGGACAAGGUGGUCAAGAAGGACGUCAAGCUUGUACCGAACGGUACGACGGACAUGUUGUCGGGCACGAUUGACAACCGGAACGAGGAGCCGCAUGUCCUAGCCGUACGCAUAUGGGUCAAUGGGGAGAUUGUGUCGCGCGAUGUGGAUUGGCCGCAGCCGCUCAAGUACCUGGACUUUGACAGUCGAGGCGUGGAAGUAAUACCGCAGGGCGAGACGAUUGUAGUCAGAGCCCAGAAGCCGACAAAGGGCCUAGUUUUCGAGGAGCGCUCGGGCGUCCUGAUACACGACAGUGCCAUAGACAUUGUCCCUGGUGACGAGCAGGUCAUCAAAGUGAGGGGACUAGGUAAGCAGGAUGAACCACUACGGUGGACAUAUCUGGGCAAAGACUAA